AUAUGCAAGAAACUGCAAACGGAUCGAUUCAAGUCGCGCGCAAGGAUGUAACAAUAUUCGCUGUGGCAAUCCACUCAAAAAAUGCCUUCCGAUCCAGAUUCAUCAGGUCUGCAACCUAAUGAGAAACGGCCUUCUAUACUGCACGUUUCUCCGGGUCUAAAUUUGACAUGGCCCAACGAAGAUCACGAUCUCAAUUAUACCAUACCCAAAGAAAUUUGGUGGCCAUGGUGCGAUUAUUGGAAAGAACCGCAGCACGUUUUGUUCCAAUUAGCCAACAUGUGCUUUGCAAUCGCUUACGCCUCAAACUGCACGAAAAAGGGAGUUCUGUUCAUGCACUGCUGGCUAAUAAUUGGUUUGAUGUUAUUUUCCGGUUGGGCUUGGAACGUGAUCUGCGCGCCGGACGUUUUCACGUGGAACUUCGCGUUCGUUUUACUAAACUUGGGUCAGGUGUUCCACAUCAUUUAUCAAAUAAGACCGGUCAAGUUCGAUCCCGAAUUAGAAGAAGUUUACCAUAAUCUCUUCGAGCCGUUCAAGAUUCCCAGGCUGCAAUUCAAGAAGAUGGUGAGUUUGGAAUUUGCGCAAAUCAUGUCGCUGCACGCAGGCGAAGCGUACGCAGUUCAGAAUUUGACGAGGACGGAUCGGCUGGGUCUUCUGCUAUCAGGGAAAGUUAACGUGCUUUCAGAUAACCAGUUUCUGCAUCCAAUCUUGCCGUGCGAGUUUCUGGAUUCACCAGAAUUCGAGUCCAGUCGAAACACCGUUGACGAUAAAUUCAAAGUGUCUAUAGUAGCGGCGAGCACUUGCAGAUAUCUUUACUGGCAACGCUCCGCUCUAGAAUAUCUCUUCGUUAAAGACACUUACAUAGGUACAGUGCUGACGACGUUAAUCGCAAGGGAUAUUACCACCAAAUUGUACGCUAUGAAUAACAAAAUUGUGACGGCUAAAGGAUCUCACCUUGACAUUAGAUUACCCAGUAUUACGUCCAGUUUAACUUCGAAUAGUGAAUAUAAAUCACCGAUACGGAAGAAAGGAAACGGUACAUGCCCAAUGUCGCCGGAUUCUUUUUUGGGCGAUGGACUUCCUAGAGAUAAAAAUUACAAAGAAAACAUGAUGCAACAGCAAACCGGAUACGUGAGUGAGAUGACUCCUCUAACGGAACUUCCUUCCACCGAUGAUUUAACUUCCAACAACGACGUGGAAAGUUGGCUGGAAACCAGUUCCAAAUAUCACAGUUGCGAAAUCGUCGACACAGAUUAAAUAUAAACACAACUAUGUAUUUUUUUUUAAACUA